GAUAUCUUUGAAGUUCUGGAAAAAACACUGAAAGAGAGAAUAAUGAUAUUUGAUGGUGGCAUGGGCACUAUGAUUCAAAGAGAAAGGCUUGAUGAAGAUGAUUUUCGUGGUAUAUUUUUCAAAGAUCACCCACGCAACCUUAAAGGAAACAAUGACUUGCUCUGCCUAACAAAACCUGAAGUAAUAUUAAAAAUACAUAAGGUUAGUAAAAAGAAAAGAAAAAAUUAAGAAAUAAUUGUAACUGUCUAUAACAGUGAUGUCUUUGUAUCAUCUACUUCUUCACUCAACUCUGCUUAUUAGUUUGUUUUGAAAUCUACAAAUCCAACAAUUAUAUAUGUUAAAGAGGGAGACAGCUUAACACAAUCACCAAAUUGUAGUCCAUUGGGAAAAUUUAUUUUACAUUAAAGGGAUGCAAGAUUUAAAUUUUGAUAAAUGAUAUCUAGAAUCAAUAUGAGAUUGUCAGAUUAGUUGAUUAGAUAAAAAUGCUAGAUGUGCAUCUGUCUGUUUACAGCCCCUGAAUCAAAUAAUGUUUUGUCAAAGAUAUAAAAGGUUCUCAAACAACAGAAAUAUUUGUAAAAAGACCAACAAAAUUGAAUAAAUGAAAUAAAAUUGUCUGUUGGUGUAAAUCUCAACAUGUCCACAACAAUGUACCCCCUUAAGUGGGAUUGACAGAGUCAAAUUUACACCAACAAAGCAAAAUUAGCACACUAAAUCAAUUGUGUUGGGCAUUAGGGAAUGAGAGAAAAUAAUACAAGUAUUAUAAGUAUUUUGUUUUUUUGUGUGGACAAUUUCAAUAACUCUGUUUCAAAGUAUAAUAUUUUUAAUCAUCUUAUUUAAUUAUACUGUGAUAAAAUACAAUUUCUAUUCAAAGUUCAACCAAGGGUAUUCUGUUGUAACACUUUAUUUCUGUAGUGCUGACAUCACGAUAAACUUACCAUAAGUCAAUGUGUUAAUGACUCUUCACCUCACACAAUAAGCGAUUUUAUUAUGUGAGAUACAUGUUAAGCAAUAAAUGUUUUUGUGAACCCUGGAACACCAGUGAGGGAGGUGUGUGUCACUAUUAAUCUGAAGAGGGCCAUAUAGGUUUUUGUAUUUGUUAACAACUUUGUCUAAAAAUUCACGAAGUUGCUAUUGUGGUUACAGGACUGACAACAGUAUCAUUGUUUUCUUUUUUUUCUUUCAUUGUAAAAAGUUGUCUUAAUGAAAUCCAGUUUCAAUUUUUUUCAAUGCAAACUUCCAUUAUGCCUCACACUUCGAUGAAAAUUGAACUAUGGAAGCGCAUUAGCUAGUCAUAUUUUAACUAUCUUUUAAGUAGAAAAGAAAGAAAUUGAGCUUAAAAAUCAUUUGUUUCCCUAAAAAUAGUUAUAUUUUAGUUUCUGAAAUCUUUAAAUUCCCCAAUCUCUAAAGGUCCAAAAUUAUUUAAAGAAUCUACCAAAAAUGGAAAGGCUUUGCUGUGAGAUAGAUUUUAUAUGAACAGGGUGGUUAAAUAUAUCUUGAAACUGCCGUUUCAGAUGAUAUGACUCCUAGUGAUAUUAAAAGUACAUAGAAUUUUUCCAUGAUUUUUUCAUAGCGUUCAUAUUUUUUUAAUUUAGGAAUAUUUGGCUGCAGGAGCAGAUUUUAUAGAAACAAACACUUUCAGUGGAACUUCAAUAGCACAGUCAGAUUAUGGCUUGGAGGAAUAUGUAAGUCAAAAAUUUUACAAUUCAGUUUUGUUGCUGUCAUUACUUGAUAUUUUAUGUUAAUACAUUUACUGUUCCUUUUGAUCUAAUUAUAAGAUAUUCCUACUUCAAAUCUAUUGAUUAGAAAACAUUAAAUGUUCUAAUUGUUAUUAUCUCUAUAAAAAUAGGUAUAUAGGCUUAACAAGGAGGCAGCUCAACUUGCCAAAAGUGCAUGUGAUGAAAUUUCUCUACAAACUGGUUAGAAAAAAUUAAAUAAUUUUUUUUAAACAUAUUUAUCUUUUACCAAUGAAUUUUUUAAGCCUGAAUUACACUAAUUACAGUAAAUGGAUUGAUAUUUUAAUGAAUAAAAAUAUAUCUUGCAUGUGAUGGUUAUCUAUUGGAUACAUUCACAGAGAUUAUUUAAAACCAAUUGAAUGAUAGUGCCAUAAUGUUGCUUGUGAUGAGGUUUCUGUUGUUGUUGACCAGGCGGUGGCAUUGGUUAGCUGUAUCUGGUCACCUUAAACAUUUUAUCCAGUCCUCUAGGUCAGACCUGCACAACAUACGGGCCGUGGCCCACCAGCACCCAUUUUGCAGCCUGCAAAGAAACGAUUCUUUAUUAUUAUUAUUUUGUUAAUAGCCUUCCCCCCGUCCUAUUUUCUUUCGUCCUGCACCAGUUUUUCUUGAAGUAUUACGGCCCUCCUUACAGUUGUGCAGGCCUGCUCUAGAUAUAAAAAAGGAGUGUUAACAAUAGAAAAUAGUUAGUGGGGUUGGGGUGUCAGUUGGAACAACUUUCUCUGGCCACCAUAAAACAGUGGAUAAGUUAACUCUUGGGGUUGUCCUUCUCUGCUGAUGAAAACUUUACUGUUUCAUGGGCUAUGUUUUUUAAGGUGUCAAACGUUAUGUGGCUGGUGCCAUGGGUCCAACAAACAGGACCUUGUCUAUCUCACCAUCAGUGGAGAACCCUGAGUUCAGGAAUGUCAGUAAGUUAUUUCAAGUUAUUUUUUAAGGAGAAGAAAAAGACAUACAUAAGUUUUUUUGAAAGUAUUAUUAUUGUUGAAAAAGUUGAAAGCAUUGGAUCAAACAAGAAAUUUUUAUCAAUUUUCACAAAAAUUGACAGUGUACACUUGAUAAGAUUUGUACCCGAUAUUUGUUUGACAGAAAUUUGUUAAAGUGGAAAUUCAUCAACUGAAAUUUUUUCAAAUAGAAAUUUGUUCAAAUAUUUUUUUAAAGAGGUGCGAGGUAGAAGUGGGUAGCUUUAUUCUAACCGAAGUUUGUUUCAUUUUAAGAUUUUAGAUGAAUAUUAUUACAGCGAAGAGGUGCCAGUGAGAAACAGGGAGAUAUGUUAGGAUGGAAUUUUAUUGAAAUUUAAAAAAUACAAAAUGUAGCCUUGUUAUUUAAUAGUUUGGAAGUAAGUAAAAAUAGAAAUACAACUAAAAUGUUGUUUUUUUAAAACAUACUCCAGCUUUCAUUUUGGCUAGCAUUUGGUCCGUUUCAUUUAUAGGAUAUUGGGCAAUCUCAUUUAAAUUUUUGAUGUGGAACAACACUGAUUUAUAAUUACAAUCAAUUUUUUAAAGAUAAUAAGUUGCAUCAACCUGAUGAAUAGGCCUUAUAUGAUAAUGGCAAGUACUCACAGUGGCAUUCUUGUCCGAAAUGACCCUUCGUUACAAGCACAAAUAAACAAAAUUUAGUAGUUUAUGGCUGCACAUAUGUGAAGAAAGAAAAUCACUGAUAAUUCAUUUGACAUGGAAAUGGGAAAACUUCAAAAAGGUUUGUGUCCAUGUCGAAUUGUAACCGGUAAUAGGGCUGUAACUAAACAUAGCAAAAACAUAAUCAUGCAUCUGCUAGCUCCAAAAUUGAAAUAAAUAAAAUAAUGUAAAAAACGGGGAGCUUUAAUUCCAUGUGACUCUCCUCAUUAUAUUUUGUCUAUUGAUUGAUUCAUUGAAUUAUUUAACCCCUGCAAUGAAAUGUCAUCUCCCUUCAGUUAAAACUAUCCUUAAACAACAUAAAAAAAAAUUAGAACAUGCUUCAGUUCGAACAAAUCUCCCCAUUUCUCACUCGCACCUCUUAGCCUUAAUACAUUAAAAAAUUUAAAUAAAAAAUUCCAACAAAUUUUGGUUCCAACUAGCUUCUUUUCUAACAAAUUUUUGUUCAACCAAGUUUCUGUCUAUCAAUUUUCUGUUGACCAAAUUACUUUGCAAACCAAUUUCUGGUAACUGUUUUUGGGUGCAGAUAUAUUUUAUACAUUAUUCAUAUUUUAUUGAAUUGAACUUCCUUAUUAGCCCAAAUAACCAUGAAUUUAUAGAUCACUGUGUUUGAAAUCACCAAUUUAAAUUUUACUACCUUUUUAUUUAUUUUGUUUGCAAAACUUUAAAUCUAAUUUUUCCAUUUGCAAAAUUUUGUCAAAAAUUCAUUGUGCGUAUUCUUUCUACAAGGAUAACAUUUUUUUAAACGUUAUCUAAAUCUAUUUAAUUUACUUCAUAUUUCCGUCAACAAAGCUUUUGAUGAGCUCGUGGAUGCCUAUGCUGAACAAGCAAGAGGACUUUUGGAUGGCGGUGCGGAUGUUUUAUUAGUGGAAACUAUUUUUGAUACAGCCAAUGCAAAAGCUGCACUCUUUGCCAUUGAAAAUGUUUUUGAAUCAGGUUAUACUCAAGUACCAGUAUUUGUAAGUUUAUUUUAAACUAAUUUUCAUCUGUUUUCUAAUUUUCAUAUUAGUGCAGUUAGUAGUUUGUAGAAUUUAAUUUUUAUAAAUAACAGCAUAUUUACUUACCAUCACACUUUUUGUUUUGCUUGUUCAGAUUUCUGGUACCAUUGUAGACAAAAGUGGAAGGACCUUAUCAGGUCAGACCACAGAAGCUUUCAUUCUCAGUGUCUCUCACUCCAAGCCCAUGUGCCUUGGUCUCAAUUGUGCCCUGGGUGCUUCAGAGAUGAGACCUUUUAUCGAAGCUGUCAGCAAAAACACUACAGCAUAUGUGCUGUGUUAUCCUAAUGCUGGUAGUUUUUUUUUUCUUCUUAAUAUAAGUCAUUGUGUUCUUCUCAUCAGUAUCACUUAAGCUUGAUCAAGUAAUGGUGUCACCACUCUAAGGGUUGACCAACUUUACCACACUGACAUUUACUCUCCCACCAGAUUUUAAAAAUAUUUAUGGUUAACCCUUUCAGUCCAAGAGAAAGAGUUUACAUUGCUUUGAAAUAAAAUUUUCUAGGAAAUCUAGUGAGACAAUUUUUCUAUAAAUUUUACACAUCUACAGGAAAACCAAUGUGGUCUCACCUAGGACAUGAUUGUGGCUAGUUUAUCAGGGGUACAAAGCUAAAGAGCUUUUAAAAAUUUAGUCAACAACUAUUUCUUUUACUUCUUACCAUUAUUCUUUCCUCAGGCCUCCCUAAUACAUUUGGUGAAUAUGAUGAAACUCCAGAUGAAACGGCUGCCCAAGUUAGAGUGAGUUUAUUUCAAUCAACUUAUCAAGUAUUACCUCCCACAAAACUAAAUAUCUUUAUUUUAAAAAUGUAAAGGGCUGCAAAAGACUGAAAGGGAUUACUAGGAAGUAACAUAAACUAUAUCAAUAGUGACAUAAGUUGGUAACCUGUAAUUUUUAUGUUUUACAGGAUCCAUAUUCUAACAUAAAGUUAAAUGGAUGGAGCCAUCCAUAUAUUAUAUAUACAAAAAUAUUCAAAUUUUCAUAUCCCCUCUAUCCGUUUUCGGAAACUCCCAUUCAUACAUACAAAUUUCAUACCCCACUUGGCCUCAAGCCUCCGUGUGCAAAAUCUCCACAGUUAAAAUCCCUUCCCCUCCCCUCUUGGUGCAUACAUAAUAUAUGGAUGUUUUCUACAUCAGUGGUUCCCAAGCGUUUAAGUUUGGCGUACCGGUGAACGAGUUUCGAAAUUUUACCAGGGACCGGUGCAUGAUUUAUUUUUAUACUUUUAUUUCUAUUUGACAUAAAUAUUUAUGUAAUGGGGACCGGCAGCGUUAGGCAUGCGGACCGGUGAAAGUCCACGGACCGCCAUUUGGGGACCACUGCCCUACACAAUCCAAUUGUCAGAUCCAAUUUUUUCUUAUACUCUGUCUCUCCUUCCCAGGAGUUUAUGAAAGAUGGAUUGAUCAAUAUAAUUGGUGGCUGCUGUGGUACGCAACCUACACACAUAAGGUAUUGUUUGGUUGGUGGUAUAUAAGUGGCAUCACCAUUACCCUGUUAGGCUUAAUUUGCAAAUAGUUACAUCACAUGUCCUUCGGGUGGGUUUCUAGAACAAUAACACUUUAAAAAUGUUAAAACAUUUAUUUGUGCAUUUUUUUUUUUUUAUUGAAUAUGUUUGUUUUUCCAAUCAUUAAAAUAACUUAAAUUAUUUCAAAUUUAAUUAUUUUUUUUGUGUCUGAUAAAUAAUUCAAUAAAUAAAUGGAACAUACUUUUUUUUUUACUCUCUCAGGGCUAUAGCAGAAGUGGCCAAAAAUUUCAAGCCAAGAAUUCCUCCAUCAGAACUUAGACCAAACAGCUGCUGUCUUUCAGGUGGAUGAUGAGUAGAUUAGCUUAUUAAAUAUCUUGUUACAUUCGCAUGACAGGUCUUAAGUCUCCAAUAUUCUCUCUGCCAAGAAAUGCUUUCAAUUUUUUUAUAGCUUAAUUUAGGUCCAAUCUUCUUUUGAUAAAAAACAUAACGUAUGUGACGUGUAUACAACUGAAAGUCAUCAUAAUUUUUUUAGAGGCAAUAUGAAGUGAAUAAAAUUAAAUAAUGAUGAAAGACACAAAUAUAGGGUUUAAAAAUAGAAUCACCAUCGUAAUACAAAAUCUCAAGUUUUAAUGUGGUACAUUAUGCCAAGCAUUGUGCCGUCACCAUGGCUUACUGUUUGCAUCAACUUCUGAUGUACGAGUACCAAUUUUUUAAUCAGAUUCAGAGUUACCUUUAACCUUUGGAUCAGAUCACAUUCUGCAGUGGUUUCAAUAGAUACUACCUUGGUUGGUUUGAUAGAUUCAUCGUAUCAGCCUAAGCUUGCUAUAAACUUUAAAAAGAGCUUGGAAAGCCAUGCCAAAUGGUCUAUAACUUAAUAAUGAGAGGAGAUGUAACAUUUGGAUUUCUUCAUAAAGACAAGUGUUUUCUUCUGAUAAUAGCAGUACAGUUUAGCAAACAUGUUGUGUAUGAGUUGGGUUGCUAAGUUUCCUGAACAACCAUAAAACAACAGAAGGCGAUAGACAUUGAUGGGUGGGAAAUUAGCAGGAGUAAUGGGCAGUAAUGGGUUAAGCUACAACUUUCUAUCUGCAGGCUACUAAAAAAUCAUGCUUUUAAGCUAAUCACUUUAUGACUAAAUGUUAAAACAUUUGCAGUUUAUUAUUUUGAGAAAAUUAUAUUUACAUCUUUCUUUAUAUGUUUUCACCUCAGUGUUUUACAAUAUUUUGAAAUUUUCUUUUACAAAAAUAGGUACCAGUACCCUAAAUAAAUGUUUUUAAAAAAAAAUAAACACCUAACGUCUUAAAACAAUUUUUUUAUUAGGCCUAGAACCGUUCUACAUCUCACCAAUAACUAACUUUGUGAACAUUGGUGAAAGAUGCAAUGUGGCAGGAUCAAAGAGGUUUUGCAGACUCAUCAAGACCAGGAAGUUUGAGGUACUUGAUCCAACUUUGAACACUGUUAAAAAAAUGACAGUUUCUCCACCUUAAAGGUCCAGAUCAGAUAUUUGAAAUAAAACUGGGCAUCAUGAAGCUUUUUUUUUUGGUUCUUAUUAAGAUUCAAUUUGAAGAUGGUUGACAUUUGUGAUAAUUAAAAUCCUAUUUUGUCACAUCAUAUGUUAGACCGUCGUUAACAGUUUAGCGGCAUUCUCAGCAGUCCAUGGGACACAUGCUUUAUGGUACUGCGAGACAUAAGUAUCUUUUGUAUCUCACAGUAGAGGUUAAUUUGUAAUUGAGUUCAUGUCCCCAACUGUUCAUCCUUGACUGAUGUGUUAAAUGAUUUUAUAUUCUCAGGAAGCAUUGAAUGUUGCUAAGGAGCAGGUGCAAACUGGUGCUCAGGUCAUUGACAUAAACAUGGACGAGGGUAUGCUUGAUGGGAUAUCGGCCAUGACAACAUUUGUCAAUCUUAUAGCUUCAGAGCCCGAAAUUGCGAAGGUAAAUGUGCUGGAAAUUAAUACAUUGACACAAUGUUCGCCUUCUUGCCGGAAUAUCAAAUAUAUGCUAAUACCGGAAACUUCAUAAUAACAUGCAAAUGGCGAACAUUUUAAGUUUUUUAAAUACUUUUUAUUUCUUAUUUCUUCUGUUACGCACUGGCUUCUCUUGUGAGAAAUUAAUCUCUUGUUUUAAGUUAUAGCUCGUUCAAACAGUGCCUAACAAAGGACGAUACCAUAGAUAAAUACAAUAACAAAAUUACGACACACAAAACAGUACCAUUUACAAUUAAUGAGAUUUAAUUUAGUAAUAAUACAAUUACAAACAAAAGAAGUAUAAUUACAAAUCAUCAAUUUACAGAGUAUGGGAAAAAUUUUGUAACGGUACACAAUUAUUACAAUGUGCCAAUGAAUAAGGAUGAAUGAUCAAUGCGAAUAAACACAUAUAAGAACACAAAGAAUAAUGCACGUCUCGUGAAGUUAAACAUAUCUCUCAAUCUCCGUCUCUCUCUCUCUCUCUGUGCCUGUCAAUCAUUCAUAUAUAUGGGUCUAUCGACGCGUCUAGAAACGCCCUUACUUUUCUAAUACAAUCGAGAACAUUCCAUAACAUACUAGUAGACAUACUAACCAUGUUUAAUUGGAAGUUGGUGGUAAACACGAUACAUCAAACAGAUUUAACCACGCCCACAACAAACGUUACUUUCUGCUAGGAGUCUAAUGAGGGGUCAAAGAAAGUUCACGCACGGGGAAAAAGUGUACUACGUAACACUUCAUUUGUCCUGUCUGCUGAGGAAGGCUCUGAGCCGAAACAUUCUUCUUUUAUUUUCCUCUAUUUAUGUUUCAAGCUUCCACUUACCCUUUUCUACUGUUUCCUUCACAAAGCUUGAAAGCAGUACUUCAUUUAUUAUCCUUUAUGAGCCCAGCAGCUUUAAAUGAAGUUUUAAAAAGUGUAAUUUGUUAUGCUCUGAAUUUAGUUGAAAAUUAAAUAGUUUAUGCGAUGUUAGGGCUUCUAGUUGACGGAAAGAAAGUAAGGCUCAAAUUUGCAUACAUGAAAUGAAUCAAAUCCUAUCUUGUCAUGUAAGUUUAACAAUUUAUAGAUAUUUAUAAAAAUAUAAAUGAUAUUCCUGUGAUUAAUAAGAUAAUGCUUACUCCACAACUUUUCUCCCCAGGAACCCAUUAUGUAUUGAUUCCCAAAAAUGUUCUCCCCAGGUACCAUUAUGCAUUGAUUCCUCCAACUUUGCCGUGAUAGAGGCUGGCCUGAAGUGUGCACAAGGGAAAUGUAUCGUCAACAGCAUCAGCUUGAAAGAAGGUGAAGAAGAUUUUUUGAAGAAAGCCAGAAUUAUUAAAAAAUAUGGCGCCGCUGUCGUAAUAAUGGCUUUCGAUGAGGAAGGGCAGGUAAGGUUUCGGCCAUUGGUUGAUGUCAUCAUUUUAAACGCUUGAUAUUGAUCACUCUAAUGGUAGUUCAUUUAUUUUGACUUUUGUUAUAAGAAAAAUUUAUUAUUUGGCUUUUGUAACAUGCUCUUUUUUUCAUUAUGAAUAAGGAUUUUUUUUCUGCUAUAUAAAACAAAAAUGGAAUGGAUAAAAUAGUGAAUAGUUGCAUUUAAAAAAAAUUAAAAUGUUUAAGAAUAAGCCUAUUAUUCCAAUUUUAGAUGAUUAGCGAUAUUAAUGAUUGGUUGUGGUUAAAAGGUUAUUUGAUUGAAUUUAACCUUAUAUUGUUUUACAGCAUAUUUAUCAUGUUUUGUUUUUUUAAUAUACGCCAAAACUAAAUAAUGCCAAAAAUAAGUGAAUUAGUUACUAAAGUAAACUUAUGGAAUAAAUUAAAAACCAGAUUACAUAUUUACUUCCCAACCUCUACUAAAACCACUGACUUUAUAAGUCUGGUAUGCUUUUUUUUUUACUAGAUAAGUAAUAUAUCUUUCAUAAUUUAUUUGUCCAGGCUACUGGCACAGAGCGUAAGGUAGCGAUCUGCACACGGUCGUACAACUUGCUCACCCAGAAACUUGGCUUUAACCCCAAUGAUAUAAUCUUUGACCCCAACAUCCUGACAAUAGCCACUGGUAUUGAGGAGCAUAACAGCUAUGGUGUGAAUUUUAUCGAAGCCUCUACCAUAAUCAAGGUACGAUGGUGUGACAGGCAUUUAACAGCUGUAAUUUUUUUAAAAAUUAAAUUGUUUUAAAUUGUUCCUAUGCAUUUUGCUGUAAAACAAUAAUCUCUUGUUUUGUUUAUAAAAUAGAAAACAUUGCCAGGAGCCAGGGUCAGUGGGGGUGUAUCGAAUUUCUCCUUCUCGUUCCGUGGAAUGGAAGCAGUGAGAGAAGCUAUGCACAGUGUUUUUCUCUACCAUGCCAUCAAGGUAAGACCUUAAUAACCCAAACUUGGAACAUCAAGAUUCCCAAAACCCUGAUUUAAGCAGUACUAUCCCAACACUUUCAAAACACAAUCAUCACCAUUAAAUGCGUGGUUCAAACUAAAUCUUCAAAUGUUGCUCUUGUAAGGCAUGUGUUCAAAGACGGAAAUAUUUUUGUGUAAUCUUAAUUGCCUUUCAUAAGAAUUGUUGCAUUUCUAUAGAAUAAUAUUUAAAUUAAAAGAAUACGAUUUGAGCUGUUAUAUAAUCCCAGAGAUUAGAGCUUGUCUAAAACUUCUUUGAUCUAAUUUCACAUUAUUUUUAAAAAUAUUGUAUUCCAUUCAAAGAUUAGAAUUAGAAUUGUUCUGAUGCGACUUGAGAACUAUAUGAUUCUGUCAUUAAAUGGAUUCACAAUUAAAUCUGUCGUAGUUUGUCCACGCUCUUACUUUUGUUUCAUGCCUUUCUCUCAUUUACAACCCUCCCAACUUUAGGCUGGCAUGGAUAUGGGGAUAGUCAAUGCUGGAGCACUUCCAUUGUAUGAUGAUAUCCCACCUGAGCUACUUGAAAUGUGUGAAAAUUUAUUGUGGGAUAAAGAUCCUGAGGGGACUGAGAAAUUGUUGACAUAUGCGCAGGUAAUGGGGGAGGACAAAUUUUUUUUUAAAAUCUGUGUUGUAUGUGAGAUCAUUUCACAGAAAUAUGGCUGUGUAAUUUGAAAAUUAUAAUGAAAAUUUUAUAUUUAAAAUCUGAAAUAACUUAUCAAAUAAUUUUUUUAAACAAAUCUCAGAAUGCCUUCCCUUCAAUAGGGCUUAAAAAUGACUUUUCUACUUACUGUUGUUUUAGAAAUUAUUAAUAUUUUUUAAAUUAAAGAAGAAAAAAAAACACACUUCAAAGUGUAGAAUGUUAAUGACAUAUUUGUAUAUAUAUUUGGUUCUUCUACAAAGAGCAUGGUGCAAGGGAAUAAAAAGUGCGUCCAAGAAGAUGAAUGGAGGCAAAAGUCUGUAGAGGAAAGACUGUCCCACUCUUUAGUCAAGGUAAAUGUUUAUGGGGUGUUAGAAUGCUAGUGCAGAGGUCCAAAACUAGAGGCACUUUAAAGGUGAAUACCAGCACUGAUAGUAAAAGUAAAUACAUUCAUUAUUAAUAAUCUACGACAAAUUGUACUGUGGCAUUUAAAAAUGAAGUUAGAAUCUUUUAGACUUUUAAGGAAUUGAUGAGUUCUUUAAAAUUUGAUAGUUUUAUAUUAUGUAAGCAGCCUAACUUUCAUUUGUGUUUGUUAUACCUUAAUUGUAUACAAAAUUUAAAUUUGUUUAUCAAGGCAGUGACAAAUAUGUUAUUGAGGGACAUUGACAAAUAUGUGAUUGUGGGGCAUUGACAAAUAUGUGAUUGCAGGGCAUUGACAAUUAUGUAAUUGUGGGGCAUUGACAAAUAUGUGAUUGCAGGGCAUUGACAAAUAUGUGAUUGAGGAUACUGAAGAAGCUCGUCAGAAUAGAGAACUUUACCCCAGACCUCUGAAUGUUAUAGAAGGUCCUCUAAUGAAGGUGAGGCUUAGUCUAAGCAUGAAUCACCUGAAACAUCACAACAUUUUACAAUAAAUAAAGGUUGGGGAGGGUUGCUUUUUUGUAGCUUUAAAAAAAAAAAAAGGCUGUGGGUGUGGUCAGUAAUAAGUGCACAUCAGUAAAUGGCAUGAUGGAGAUAAGUCAAAUAAAAUUCAAGAACUAUUUGGGAGCACAUUAUUCAAAUAUGUUAAACAAUUUUUAAGUCAUAGAAAUACAAGAUUUGUUGUAGUGUUUUUUUUUUUAAAUAUUGACAUCAACAUCGGUAUGGUAUAUAUCUGUUGAAGAAAUUAAUUUUUAAAAAUUAUGUUACAAUACUGUUUCCCAGUACCCUGAAUAAAUACAUAUACCCUGAAUAAAUAUGUUAUGUGGUCCAGGGUUUAAAAUUUAUUUUACAUGCCUACUGUAAGACUUACUGAAUGAAUUUGGAUGAGAUGAAAGAAUUUUAAAAUUUUCCGCAGGGUAUGGCGAUUGUGGGAGACUUGUUUGGUGUUGGCAAAAUGUUCUUGCCCCAGGUCAUCAAGUCAGCGAGGGUCAUGAAGAAAGCGGUCGGUCAUCUCAUUCCCUUCAUGGAGACAGAAAGACUGGAGAUGAUGAGAUCUAAGGGUUUACCUGAGGAUGCUGUAAGUUGCUUUACAGAUGUAUGAUGAAUGUUUGAAAUUUUGCGACAAGUGGGAUUUUUAAAAAAAAAAUCUACUAUUCUUGACUGUUAACUGAUCUACCAGAAUGAAAAACCAGCUGUGGCCGAAUUAAAUGUAGGUCACAUUUUCUUAGUUUAGGUGUAUGUACAAAUUCAGCUGCAGUUUUCUUAAUUAUAAACAUAUUCUUAUAAUUAAUAAACCGUUUUGUAGGUAAUUGAAUUGUCUAUAAGGUAAAUAUAAAAUAUUUGUAAAGUUAAGUUUUGUUAGGAAAUUAUCAAUUGUUAAAUUAGUAUUUACAAUAAAAAAACAAUUUACACAAUGUAUAAAUGUAUAUAUAAAUUUUAAAUUUCCAAAUCAUUUAAAGCCUUUUAUUUGGUGGUUUCCAAAUAAAUAUCCAAUAAUAAGAAAAAUGCACCAAAGAAAACAGAUAUUGAAUAAUAUUUACACUUUCAAUCACUUAUAUGCCUUUAGUAACCCUGUCACUUGUUGCCAUAAUAAACAAGUAGUACAAUUUUGUAACUAGCUUGGAAAUUGAAGCAAAAUUAAUGAACAGCCCGUUUUUUAAAACAUUCUGCCGAUAGCAUGCGGUUCAAAUAUAAACAUCCUGUCGGUAAAUUAAAAUCUGGAAGCAAAACAGGAACGGAAUAAUAUAAAUAUUUGACUUGAUUUAAUACGAUACAAACAUUGGUGCUACCAGUAGCUCGUGGCCAUAAUGGAAGAAAUGCUGGGCCGUUCCCACCGGCUCAUGCUAGUUAACCAGUUAAUGGAAAUAUAGUUUGGGGAGGGAGGCUAUUACCUUCCCAUAAAAACAUUACCUAGUUCAGAACCACCCAGAACAAAGCUUAGCAUAUACAAUGCUGUCACUUCCACUUAGAAAGCACAAUUAUUGCAGUGUAAGUGGAACCUUUUAAAGAAUUUCUCCACGUGCAUUAACAGGCAACAUCUAAACACUCAUACUGAAAUAAAACUGGCACAAGAAGCAUACCAUCCAUGGCAGCACAAGUCUAAAUAUAUAUAAUGUAUUAAAUUAAUGUCAUAGAGCAUUCAACUGACGCCCAAAAAAAAUUUUAAAUUUCAACUGCAUACACAGAAAGGUUAUACUAAUAUUAGGGUUUAUAUUAUAUUAAAUAUGUAAUAAUUCACAGGAACCCAACUACCAAGGUACGUUUGUGAUAGCCACAGUUAAAGGAGAUGUGCAUGACAUUGGCAAGAACAUAGUUGGUGUUGUUCUGGGGUGUAACAAUUACAAGUAAGUUAAUGUAAUGGCAGCCAUUCCAGGUAUAUUUUAACUAUCUUAAAGUCUAUAUGGAACAUACACAUUAUGCUUUUUUUUUUAUCUGUGUGCUGUUUGUUACCAGCUUAAAUCUUCUGCAAUGUAUCACCAAGUAGAUUUUAUAUCCAUAAUUGAAUAUACAUUCAAUGGGAUAAGGAAAACACUUUUUUUUAAUUGAUGAAAUUUUUUUUACUAUCUUUUUAUUAAUUUUUUAAUGUAUGGAAGCAUAUUUUGCUAUUCAUAACUUUUUUCACUUAGAGUUAUUGACCUAGGAGUUAUGUGCCCUUGUGAAAAAAUCAUUGAAACUGCCAUCAGAGAGAAAGCAGGUAAUAAAAUGAAUUAAAAAAAAGAUGUCUGACUUAUUAUUGUAAAAUUUGGCUUUUUGUUUUUAUGCCCAAAAUUUGAGUAAUUUAAUGUGUAAAGGAAAAUGUGUAUUUUUGUGUCUGCAUGUGGUCUUUGUUACAAAAGCAAUAAAAUAAAUGUCCCUCCAUUUUAAAAUGAUAAAUGAAAGCAAGAGACAUUGAUGAUUUGGUUAAUAUUAAGUAUGGCCUCCCUCAGCUUUAUUGACAGCUUUUGAAAAGCAAUCAUUGCUGAAAAUUUGGUUUCUGGUUCAUAAAUUUGCUAGUGUAAAACUGCAUGUGAUUUAUUCUUUGCCCUUUUUACUUUAAAAUUUCAGAUUUCAUUGGUUUGUCUGGGUUGAUCACACCAUCUUUGGAUGAAAUGAUUUAUAACGUGAAAGAGUUUGAGCGGGUCGGUCUCAACAUCCCAGUGUUGAUUGGUGGAGCUACAACAUCAAAGUAAGUUUUUAGGUGUGCAUUUUGGAGAAGCGACUUUGUGAAAGAAGUGACAUAAAACUUUGAUUUUUGAUAUUUGAUCAGAAAGAUCAACUAGAUAGUCAGUGAUUUUUCAUUUGUAUUUUACCUGUGUGUUACCAAUCAUAGUAAUGUAUUUGUGUAAUUUUUAAAUAAUUACAAUAAUUCAUAUAAUCUAAUAUGACAAUUUAAAUUGAAUUUGCCUUCAUUGAAACAGCCUACAUAUUUAAAAAUACAGACAAUACUCUAUCACAAAACCCUAAUAAUUUGGGAGGUAAAGGAAGAUCUACCUUAGUCUGGUGAAAUGUAUUAAAUGUAUUAUAAUAGAUACUCAAGGCAAGGAUAGGACUGCACAGCCACUCGAGAAAAUGCAACCCAACCCAACGGUGAUGCACCAUCGUCUCACGAGACGGAAGGAUGUCGAUUAAUUAUAAUAGAUAUUUAUCAAAUAAUUAGAAAUCAUGUGACAUGAUUGAAAGAUACCUUUGCCAACUUACAUCAGUGACCCGAAUUCAUUGUUUCUUACAUUAUAAAACAUUAAUUUAAUUCAUCAAAACAGUCUUUGAAUUUUGAUGUCCAUGUUUAGUCUCAUAGUUAUAACCAAUCUAUAAUAACGAAGACCUGCCAGCAAAUAAUUUCCCCCAACUGAAACCACACCUGAUAUGACUAAUACUAGGAUUUCUAUUGUACAACUCAUUAAUGUGUGUGAGUGUUCAGGGACUGUGGCAGAAUCUUUUAAAUAAUUUUUUUACCUGCUAAAUUUUUUGAGGCCCUGUCAACACAUUGUUUAGAAUUGACCACCUCUUGUUAACAAUCACACAAUGUAUUCGAUAAGUUAUGUUCUGUAACUCUGUCAUUUACAGACAACACACGGCGGUGAAGAUUGCCCCCCGCAAGUCGAGCCCAGUCGUUCAUGUGUUGGAUGCCUCUAAAGCUGUUGUAGUGGUAUGUAUAAAGCUGUUGUGGUGGUAUGUAUAAAGCUGUUGUACUGGUAUGUAAAAAGCUGUUGUAGUGGUAUGUAUAAAGCUGUUAUAGUGGUAUGUAUAAAUGUGGAGUAAACUGAAACCUUAUCCUUGCUCAAAGUAUUCUUUCAUUACAAUCGAUGUUAAAAAAGUCUGUUUGAUGUUUUCAAGUUUAAUCAGUGGCUUGGAACCAGAUGAAAAUCUUAUCAAUAGAGUUAGAAAUCAGCAUUUAAAAAACAUUAACAAAUUCCAAACAACUUGCAUUGGUCAAAGUUCAUUUGGCAGCAAUUUUAAUGUCAAGAAAUUGAUAACCAAAAUAGCUAUUCGCAUUUCAUCGAUAUUGUUUUUUCCUAAAGGGUUUAGCACAAAUUAACAAAAUGUGUUCCUGUAUUCAGAAAAUGCUUGUAAGAUAUGUUUAAUCUAGCUGUCGACACUGAACAUCUGCAUGCUAGCAAAGCUGUAAUAAUAUAUGAAACAGUUAAUAAAAAGAGCUAUUCAUUUAUGUAGAAAAAUAACUACACUAACUAAAUAAUGGUUAAAUAAUGCAGUGUAACUCACCACAUAUGUUCUUAAUGAUUUCUUUCACCCUUAUUAAAUUAUAAAUUUUUUUUAAAAGUUGUUGAGUGAAUUUUAAAAUAAAACAUUUAGCCCUCAGAUAAAGGAAAAUUAAAUUCUUAACACCUUAUAAUAUGAUUAACACUUGCAUUUUCAAAACUAGAACUAAAAUAUUCCUGUUCAGGUCUCAGCCUUGGGAGAUGCAAACACACGAGAUGAGUUUCUGGAAGAUCUUGCAGAAGAUUAUGAGGAAAUCAGAGAAGAGCAUUAUGACUCACUCAAGGUAGAAUGGAUGAAUUCACUCAUUUCUUUAUUAUUUUAUGAAUCCACAAUAAUGAAAAAAAAUUUCUAGAAGCCUCACAUAUUUCUUUUAAUAUAUUAAAAAAUACAUUUUUAAUACAUUAAAAAAGAUUAGUCCCAGCCCCUUUCAUGUCCGAUGAAAAUGCCUGAUUUCAAUAUAGUUUGACGGCACAGAGUUUUAAAAAAUCUUUAUAUACCUCAGAAAUUAAAAAUUAUGCCAGUUGGUUUGAUUAUAUAAAAUUUUGGCUGACUGAGAUGAAGGCUGAUGUGGGUUAUCUAGCCUAGUAUCGGUUACAUCUAGCCUGGUAUCGGUAACAUCUAACCUGGUAUCGGUUACAUCUGGCCUGGUAUCUGUUACAUCUAACCUGGCAUUGGUUACAUCUGGCCUGGUAUCAUUUACAGCAAGGCUGGAACUUAAAAGACAUUAACCUCUGUCCAUAUAAGACUCAAUUUCUGUUUGGUCGAGUCAUUAUAAAGCCUUGACCAAUACCUAGAUCGUAUUUUUAAGACUUGUUGACCAGAUCAGCUGAGUAUGUGAUAGUUGCUGUAUUGUUUGAAAAGAAUGUUAACAAAUCAAUUUAGUCCGGAUUUACCGGAUUUAAUGCAGUCUGUCUUUUAAUGCAAUGUCUGUCUUUUAAUGCAGUCUGUCUGUUAAAAAUUGCAAGCUGGCUUUCAUUGUUGAGUGUCUACUCUCCCUGGUUAUUUGCGUUCAGUUCUCUCAAUCUGCGUUCACUGCUCAGCACUGAAUAAUAUUUAAUUGUCAUCGAGGUCACUAUGAACAAGACAAUCAAUGAGACACAAACAGUUUGUGUCAAUAAAACCAUGUUGGUUAAGCUUUAAUAACACUAUUAUAAUUAGUUUGCUAUGAACCAGAUGUGAAUUGACUAUGUCAGGUGGUCCAGUGGUUUCCCUUUUUUUACCUUGACUUUUCAGGACAGGAAAUACCUCCCCAUAGAAAAAGCAAGAGAGAAGAGAUUGGUCAUUGAUUGGUCAACAACACCACAUCCAGGUUAAAAGAUACUUUUGUUUUAAAGCUAAAUCAUUUCCCUGUAUAAUAUCUUGUAUUUAAUGGAUGUCUGGGACAUCUGUUAUGGUUUGCAAACCUAACAGACCCAUCUGUUAUCAAGGUUUGCCAGACAUUACAGACCCAUCUUUUAUCAUGGUUUGCCAUACCUUACAGACCACACUUUUAUCAUGGUUUGCCAUACCAAGCAGACACUUCUUUUAUUUGGAAUUUCAUUAGACUUUAGUAACAAGGGGUGCAGAGCUGAAGUCUAACAUUUAGAUCCUGAGAAUGAGUUCAAUAAAACUUAGGAUAAAUAAUUUAAAAUAAAAAAUGUUUUGAAAAGUUAAGAAUCUGUGAUCUCACUUUACAGCUAAAAAUUCCUUUCUUAAAUACUUUGUAGGGCUACCAAUUUAUCAGCUAAUUGUGCCAGUUGUUUUCUGCAACCCACAAUGAAAUUGGGCUUAAAAUAGAACUCUUCAGAGUUGCUAGGAGCGGUUAGGAUGGCUGCAUCGUUUCCCAAGCUGUUGCACAUAUGCCAGUACUUGUUUGCAGCAACGUAGUCUAUCAGAAUCAGAAUGUAUUAAAAAAAUAAAUACGAAUUCUUUCCAUCAGGGCGAGGACUGAAAGAUAUAAAAAUUCUUUUGUUCCCCAAUCUGUAUGAAUUUACCAGCGUGCUUCCCCUGAAGUCACAAAUCUUAAUGAGAACUAAUAAGUCCCUGAUAUGGCUAAGAGAAAUCACUGAAUGGCUGUUUUUUGUUGUUUUUUUUACUAUAUAAUAAAAUAGUUUAUUAUAAAUGUCUUGUGUUAAAAUUGUUUUAUUUAUGUGCUGAAAAUGUACAAUGCAAUCUUAAAACAUUUCCAUUUGUUUGGAUCAAUAAAAGAAUCUUAUCUUAUGUUGGCUUGUUAAAAGGACCACUACCUUAGUUUAUUACUUGGAAUUUAGUGGCAUUUUAAUGCUUUAUUAAAUAACUAGAAAGUUUGUGGAUAAAAAAAAAAAAAGAUAAAUAAAACUCUUAUUCACAGAGUGAAACUAAUCUUCUUUAAACUGUACAAUUUUUCAGUGAGGCCGUCCUUUAUUGGAGUAAAGAAAUUUGAAGACUUUGACCUGCAGUGUCUUGUUGAUUACAUUGAUUGGAGGCCAUUUUUUAAUGUCUGGCAACUCAGGGGAAAGUAUCCAAACAGGGGUUACCCCAAGAUCUUUAAUGACAAGGAAGUUGGUGAGAAUCUUUCACAGUGUUAUCAUUUUAUAUUUCUGUUUGACAGUACGAAUAAGUUUUUCAAAAAACUUUAAUUUAUGGUGCAAAAGUGGUUAAUAAACUUGAUUCUACUGAAGGUUUUGUGGAUGAACUACCAUAAAUGUUAGCAUUGAUCACUGGCAGCUACCUAAACCUAAACAUUUUAUAAAGGGCCAGCCACCACAUUUUUUAUUUAAAGGGACCUUACUCUUAUAUUUUGUGCUUUAGUUUAUUUUUUCAAACUGCUGAAAUAGAACUCAUUGGAACAAUAAUUGAUUCAGCUCAUCAAAACAAAAUUUGUUGAUCAAAACUACUCAUUUUAUUACAAUUCCUUAGUGAUCCUUGUUGUAGUAAUGCCAUGUUGUGUGGUCCUAAGUGGUGGGAAGUCUGUAAUUAUGAAGGAUGUUGUGAAAUGUUUUUUGAUAGAUGUGUUCCUGAGAUUGUGUAGGGUGGAAGAAAGGCAUUUGGAGCCAUGGGAAAUGUCUGGAUCCAGAGUUCCUCGUGUUUGGGAUGUGAAAAGGCUUAUUGAGAUAGUGCUUACUUUUUCUGUUACGCCUGAAAUUCACAGAGACACAAUUACACAUCAUUAGUCAAAAAAUGGAUGCACCAUGAUGUGGCCCUGUGCGGGGACAUAUGGCUCUGCUAAUGAACGCCUAUUCAGGCAUGUGUCUGCUCUUACUAAAGUGAUGUGGCCCUGGAUUUAAAUUUUCGUAGUCUGCUCUCAAAUUUUCUUAUGUCCCCAACUUGCUGCCCCAUGAGAGUAACUACCACUGAUGGAGGCAACUCUGCUACUUUAUAAAUACUUUAUAAAUGUGUGUUCAGAUAAUUUUUUGUAUUUUAGAAUCACUAAAAUUCCUCGCAGCUGUAAAUGUAAUACUUCUUGAUCAGCUGUAAAUCUAAAACUUGUUAAUCAGCUGUAAACGUAAAGAUUCUUCAUGAGAUCUAAAUGUAGUAAAACUUUUUAAUCAGAUGUAAAUGUAAUACUUUUUAAUCGAUGAAUUUCAGGGGAACAGGCAAAAAGUCUGUUUGAAGAUGCUCAAAAGAUUCUACGGAAAACAAUCAGAGAAAAGAAGCUGAGGGCUACCGCCACCAUCGCCUUUUACCCCGCCAACAGUGUGGGGGAUGACAUUGAGGUGUACGAUGAGCAUGGGGAAAAGAUUGCCACUCUGUUUGGCUUGAGACAGCAAGUAAGGAAUACGAUGUACCUGACGGAUAGAUGAUAUGUAGAAAUAUUUUUGUGAGAUCUUUGUACUGUUCUGUAAUCCUGUGUUCUCAUAGUGGCUCAUCUAAGAGGUUUUUUUCCCCUUGUUAAUUGAUAUAAAUGAAAUGAUUAUCUAUUUAUUGUAAUAUAGUAUAUAUAUAUAUAUAUAUAUAUUAUAUUAUAUAUAAAAUAUAUAUAUUUUUAUCCAUGAAAAAAAAGACUUGUGCUUAAAGUGUGUCUGAAUCCUGUAUACCAAAAAUUUACAGGAAACACAAUGACAUUCCUCAAAUUUAUUUUAUUCAAUGUGUAAAGCUUUGAAGCCAUUGGCUGAUUUAAUCAUUCCAAACAUGAGUUUAUGAUUUACAUUCUCAGCAUCAAAGUUUAAUGAUCAAGUUUUUGUUUAAAUCUGAUCAAGUUUUUGUCUAAAUCUGAUCCAGUUAAUUUCUAAAUUUGAUCAAGUUUUAGACUAAAUCUGAUCAAUUUGUCUAAUCUGCCAGGCCCAGAAAGACGCAGCAGACAGCUCCCCCUACCUGUGUCAGUCUGACUUUUUGGCAUCAAGAGAAAGUGGUGUCACUGACUUUAUCGGCCUGUUUGCCUGCACUGCUGGUAUAGGUACUCAGGAAUUCUGCAAAGAGUAAGUUUUUAUAGAAACCUCAUCUCUGAUGCUCCCAUCCCAAAUUACCGGUUGGUCCUGAUUACCAAAAAUUUGUCAAUCCCUGCAGCCAUAUACAAUGUUUAGACUCCAAUGCACAAGUUACAAGUCACUGCUUAGACUCCAAUGCACAAGUUACAAGUUACUGUGUUUAGACUCCAAUGCACAAGUUACAAGUCACUGUGCUUAGACUUCAAUGAAGAAUAAAAGGUUAAGAAAAGAAUUUAUCUCAUGACGUCCACAACUACCUUUGGUGAUUUAUUCCACAGGAUUCUAGGUUGAGAACUACUGUUUAAUACUUGUUACAUUGUCAGCACGUUUUCUUUUUUAACGUCCGUCUCAGGUAUGAAGCAUGUUUUGAUGACUACAACAUUAUUAUGGUCAAGGCCAUCGCAGAUCGGCUAGCUGAGGCAUUUGCUGAAUACCUGCAUGAGAAAGUUCGCAAGGAGUACUGGGGGUAUUCCCACGAGGAAUGUCUGGAGGCUGAUGAUCUUCAUCGUAUCAAAUACCAGGUAGGAAUUCCCUGAAUGAAAUUCAUUGUCCUUUAGCAAGGCAAAUAAACAGUGCCAUUAGUUUAACAUCAAUCGGAUUUUCCGUGUUUACCAGGAUAUUGUAAAUAAAUGAGCUAUGGUAACGAGAAUUUUUAUGGCUGUUGUAACAGGGCAUCCGGCCGGCAGCGGGCUAUCCCAGCCAGCCGGAUCACACGGAAAAAUCUACAAUGUGGCAACUCAUGAGGCCAGAGGAGGUGGGCAUAACACUGACAGACUCCCUGGCCAUGGACCCAGCUUCAUCAGUGUCUGGAAUCUACCUGGCCAACCCUCAGAGCUCUUACUUUGCUACUGAUAAACUUUGUAAAGAUCAGGUAUGACGAUCUUGUUACACUCGUUCGUGCUUGUUUUUUUUUUUUUUGGUUUCGUGGUUGCGGUGGGGAAUUUUUAAAUUGUAAUUUUUCAGUUCAAAAUAAGAAUUUAAUGGUGGAGUGUUGUGACAGUAAAAAACUUGAGGGGGUGGGGUUGUCACAGUCAGAUUUUUCGGGCGGGGUGUUGUCAUGGUCUGAACUGGGGGUGGGGGGGUUGUCAUGGAUUGUUUACAUUUAUUGUCACUGUCAAGAGUAAUUUGUUGAUUUUGAUGGUAAUUUUAGUUUCAAGUAUCCAUCUCAUGUAUUUACCUUUAGAAUUGCAUUGAAUUCAUUGUCAAAACAAAAAAUCAUGCAUAAUCUCCAUUUCACAAAUUUUUUUUAGAUUGUUGACUACGCCAGAAGAAAGGGUGUUGACAAAUGUGUAGCUGAAAAGUGGCUGAGAUCCAACCUGGCAUAUGAUGAUGAUGACUAA